CAGCCUCCUCCCAGCCUUUGCCCACCCCAGUUCCCUCCCCCUUCCCCUCGCGCCUCCGUUCACCUAGACUCUCCAUUCCCCCCUCCUUCUCCCCCACUUUUCUCCAGUCUCUUCUUUUGUAUUCUCUCCUCCCUUGCCGCCCCGGUUGCUUCUCGUCUCCUUGGGGCCGCAGGGGAGGAAGUGAGUGCGCUGCGCCAGGGGCCUGCACAGCGCAAAGGGAGGCGUUUUUCCUACUUCUCCCGGGUAAUUUGGAGAGAAUGUAUGUGUGCGCGCGCGCGUGAGCUUGAGGCGAAAAGGGGUAGGAUCCAGCGCCGAGCAGAGAGGGUCAGGGUCUUUGACGUUCCUCACCAGCUGCAUAAACCUCCGGAGCAAGUGCGAGUGUGGGUGAGAGUGCGCGCGCGCAUGGGCUGGCUGCGCUUGGCACGCUUGGUGGCCCGGGGCCCCGGCGCCCGGAGUCCCGUCUGGCGGCCAGGGAUUACCGUGACGUCACGUUGAGCCUCUGGCCACCUUGGACUGGGACACCUCUCGGGAGCCUCACAGCCCCGCUCAGCGCCACGCCACACCUCGCCACCGCGCGCCUUUGGGAACCCGCACCUUCUCUCUCCUGCCCAUCCAUGGGCCCUUCUAUCUUCCGGAUCCCACGGGCCGGAGGAGCGCCUUCCGGAGCUCAGGGCUCGGCAGCUGUGCUGCCCUCGGCUCUGCUUCCAGUCGCGCCAAACCGGUGGAGGAAUUGGCGCUGGGCACCCGCAGCCGCGUAAGGAACCGAAGAGCUGCACGGUUGAGGGCGCCGAACAGCGGGGCUGAGACAGGAACUGGAAAGGGAAGAGGGAGGCGGGCCAGGGACAGCCACCAUGUCCUUCCCACACUUUGGACACCCAUACGGCGGCACUUCCCAGUUUUUGGUGUCUGCAAGUUCCAGCGCCACUUGCUGUGAAUCCAGCCCGCGAUCAGUCUCAGACGUGGCCUCGGGCUCCACCCAGGCGGCUGCUCUCUGCUGCGCACCCUACGAUAGUCGGCUGCUGGGCAGUGCGCGGCCCGAGCUGGGCGCCGCCUUGGGCAUCUAUGGAGCUCCCUACGCAGCCGCUGCAACUGCCCAGAGUUACCCUGGCUACCUGCCCUACAGCCCGGAGCCGCCCGCGCUGUAUGGGGCGCUGAAUCCACAGUACGAAUUUAAGGAGGCUGCGGGAAGUUUUACACCGGGCCUGGCGCAACCAGGAGCCUAUUAUCCUUAUGAGCCCACUCUGGGGCAGUACCAAUAUGAUCGGUAUGGCGCCGUGGAGUUGAGCAGCGCGGGGCGCCGGAAGAACGCCACGCGGGAGACCACCAGCACCCUCAAGGCCUGGCUCAACGAGCACCGCAAGAACCCCUACCCCACCAAGGGCGAGAAGAUCAUGCUGGCCAUCAUCACCAAGAUGACCCUCACCCAGGUGUCCACAUGGUUCGCCAACGCGCGCCGGCGCCUCAAGAAGGAGAACAAGAUGACGUGGGCGCCCAAGAACAAAGGUGCGGAGGACAGGAAGGCAGAGGGCGACGCGGAGGAAUCGCUGGGCUGCCUGAAUGGUGAUUCUAAAGACGUUACCGCUGGCCAGGAGGCCAGGGGCCUCCGGCUGAGUGACCUGGAAGACCUCGAGGAAGAGGAGGAGGAAAAGGAGGAGGAGGAGGAAGCUGAUGAAGACGAGGCGGUAGCCACAGCCGCGGAAAGACUGGCAGAGUUCCAUAAGAGCGCGCAGUCGCUGCCGCGGCCAUGCGCCCCUGCUCAAGAGGGCCGCCUGGAGCGCAGGGACUGCGGCCUGGCUGCCUCUCGCUUCUCCUUCAGCAAGCCCCCGGGAUUGGGAGAAGUUGACUUCCUCUCCUCAGAGCCUGGCGGCCCCAGGUUUACCAUGCAUUACCCAUGCAGCGAGAAACCGCGCAUCUGGUCUCUGGCACACACUGUGGCAGCCAGCGCUUUCGAAGGUCCACCCCCAAACCGGCCCAGGCCAUGA